ACGGACCCAUCACACACUAGAAGAGUGGCAGGCAGUGUUAAGGACACCACACCUGUCGGCGUACGUCACAUCUCCCCUGGGAGCUGAAACUAUUCCUCUGGUCGGAAUACACAGUAACCACAUCGACGGUACUACUCUUACUCGGCCGAUGUCUCAAUUCCAUGUGCAAAUUGCGCCGUCCAGGAAGGAAGUGGGUCUGUUCUUAGAGCAUAAAACAAGAACAAAUCCUGUGACCGACGACGCUGCCAUAGCCAAGACACUCCCGCGGAUCAACUUUAUCGGAGCUUUCAAGGCAAGAUUAAACGGACACGAACCGACGUUUAAUAUCUCUUUUAUCAUCUCGGGUGUGAUACCAUAA